AUAAUCAUUUUUAUUUUUGAUUUUACAAAUAAUUUUUUUUAUUCGAAUAAACUUUGAUAUCCAUAAAAAAAAAAUCAACCCAAAUAUGUUUAUGGACUCUUAUCAUUCUUCAAAUAUAGAACCAACCUUCAAUGGUAAUUCUCACAUGAGUGAUGGAGCGGGAAUCCAUGAAGACAGGAAAAAUGGAUAUCAUGAUACAACAGAUGACAUAAAGUACGAGAGGUAUAUAAGACCAUUCGAUUUAAAUGAAGCCCAGUUGCUUGAAAUUAUGAAAAUCUUCGAGAAUGAGAUGAUGCAAGGCCUUUCAAAAGAUGGACACCUGCGAAAAACGCCUCUACAAAUGGAGAACACUUAUGUCUCUGACUUAUUGAAUGGUUCAGAAAGUGGUUCUUACCUGGCCUUAGAUUUGGGUGGCACGCGUUUCAGAGUGCAUUACGUGCAGAUCAAGGACAAUAAAAUAACGGCGGAUACGGUUCCUUACCCUCUGGAACAAGAAAUUAUUCAAGGUCCGGGCGAAGAGCUUUUCCGUUACAUCGCUAAAUGUUUAGUAUCGUUUUUGGAGGACAAAAAGUUGAAGGGCAUCUGUCAUACAUUAUCUCUAGGCUUUUGUUUUUCCUUUCCCAUAAUCCAAAAGAAGCUCAACUCCGGACUCUUGCUGACUUGGACUAAAGAUUUUCGGUGUUCAGGCGUCGAAGGGAACGACGUUGUUGCUAUGCUAGAUAAGGCUCUAAAAGAACAAAAUCUUGACAUCAAAAUUUCGGCUAUCCUAAACGACUCGACUGGUACCUUAAUUGCUGGAUUAUUGAUAGAUCCUGAUUGCUGCAUGUCCGUUAUUAUAGGCACUGGAUGUAAUGUUGCCUACUUGGAAAAAAUUGAAAACAUUGGAACUUGGGAAGGGCCAGUGAGUACCAAGCGAAAAUACUCGAUAAUUGACACAGAAUGCGGAGCUUUUGGGGACAAUGGUGUCAUUGACUUUCUCAAGACAGUAUUUGACAAGGAAGUAGAUCAAUAUUCCAAACAUCCUGGAUCUUUUUCGUUCGAAAAACUCUUAAGCGGUCUUUACCUAGGCGAACUAUUUCGAGUUAUAUUACAUCACGCUCGAGCUAAUAAUCUUAUAUUUACGGGUCAAAAUAUACCUCAUGUGUACUCCAAUUUCUCCUCAAAGAAGCAAGAAAUUACGUUCAAGAAGGCUCUCGGUGAACAACGAUGUAGUAUAGAUAAUCGGUGGUCCCUACCAACCAAAUACAUUUCCGCCAUUGAAGACGAGGGUAAUAAUUCCAACGAUAAAAUAAUUGAAUUACUGCGAGAGAUCAAUUUAUUAAGUUGCGCUAGUGAAGAGGAUAUGCGAUUUAUCAAGGAGUUAUGCACAGUUCUAAUAUCCAGAGCCUCAAAAUUGGUGGCAUCAGCUAUAGCAGCCGUGCUCAAAAGAAUGUGCAGACCCAAAACUGGAAUAGCCAUUGAUGGUUCCAUGUAUAAGUUGAUGCCAAGAUUGAAUCUACUUAUCAAAUAUUGGGUCUCACGAUUGUAUCCAGAUUCACAAGUAAACAUCUUUUUAUCUGAAGAUGGAAGCGGUAAAGGUGCAGCUCUGGUAGCUUCCAUAGCUGAUAGACUACAUCACGAACAUUCUCUUCAUUCUCACAAUGGCGAUAUAAAUCUUUGAAACCCAAAAUUUUUAUAAUAUUUUAUAUUUUAAUUAAAAGAGGAUUAUUUUUCUAAGAAACAAGUAAUGUAGAAAAUAUAGUACAUAUAUUUUUUUAAUUUUCAAAGGAGAAGAAUUACGGUAAUGUAAAAAUACAGAUCCUACAAAAACAGUGCGAUAUGAAUUUAUAAUAAAAAAUUUGCAAUCAUAUUUUUUUGUUCGAGUACAUAUAACUCCCUUUCCCAUCGACGAAUUUUUUAUAAUUAAUUUUAUUGUUUACCUUUAAAGUAUGAGUUAAUUUAUAUAAAAGAAGUUAAUUUUACUUUUUUCAAUCAGUUUUUUUCUAUAUAACCUAUCUCUAUGUUCCUUAAUCUCCAUAUAUUUUUUUUUGCUAUUAU